AGUGGCCAGCUUGAGAACUCGGCCCUGCACGCUCAGGACCCGCGAGCCUCACACGGUUGGCAGGGGCGGCGGGAGUCCCAAUGCAACCCCCUGGCGAUGACUCCGCCAGCGGGCCUCUAGCCAAAGGUCCAUGGGACGGGUUGCUGCGCCCCCUCGCGGCCGCCAGGGAGGGUGACCUGGGGUUCGGCUGGUCUAAGGCUUCGAGAGGGAACUCCGUGUACCCCACCCCGGAGUGAUGGGCGUGGGUAACGCCUGGAGCUCGGCGUAACGUUUCAUUUCUCUGAUUAUGGAGGUCGCCGGUGCCCUGUGCCCAGUCGUCGAAAAACUGCCCUCGCUUGGCACCUGGAGCAGCGUACUGGAUGUGAGGGCCCCGCCCACCCAGCGCGCGUCAUCUUCGUGCACGCGCCCGUGACUGGUGUGCGCAGGCACGUAGGGGUCGCACAGUCGCCAUUGCUCCCCCGCUGCCGAGCGAAGUGGCCUGCUCGUAGAAGUCCGCGAGCGCAGAGGGAAGGCACCCACCCUGGAGCCAUGGUCCAUGCCUUUCUCAUCCAUACCUUGAAAGCCGCACAGGCCGAGGACACGGGCCUUUGUCGAGUGCUCUACUCCUGUGUAUUUGGUGCUGAGAAUUCAUCUGAUGACCCAAGGCCACAUGGUGUUGAGAGGGACAGGCUCCUCCGCAAGGAACAGAUUUUGGCUGUGGCCAGGCAGGUGGAAUCCAUGUGCUGGCUGCAGCAGCAGGCAUCUGGUCGGCCUCCCACGGACCUGCAGCCCCAGUCCUCAGAUGAGCCAGUGCCCCUGCAUGAGGCCCCACAUGGGGCCUUCCGCCUGGCAGCCGGGGACCCAUUCCAGGAGCCUCGGACAGUGGUGUGGCUGGGUGUGCUCUCAUUAGGCUUUGCUCUGGUGCUGGAUGUACAUGAGAACCUGCUGCUUGCUGAGGGCACGCUUCGGCUGCUGGCACGCCUCCUUCUCAACCACCUCCGGCUGCUGGCCCCUGGAACCAACCUCUUGCUGCGGGCUGACCGAAUCGAAGGCAUCCUCACCCGCUUCCUGCCCCAUGGUCAGCUGCUCUUCCUGAACGACCAGUUUGUCCAGAGCCUGGAGAAAGAAUUCAGUGCUGCCUGGCCCCGUUGACCUUUCAUUGGGCUGGGAGUUUGAGGAUGUUUGGACACACAGCCAGGGCAAGGAGGGAGAAGGGGAGAUGUUUGGACACACAACCAGCUGAAACCUGGCAUCUGUUUCCUGCCCAGCCUGCUCCUCCUUUCGUGUGCUGUUACACCCAGGACAAGUGGAUGAGGCAAGCUGGCAGAAGAGGUGGAGGGGAGGAAUCACAGAACAGCCUGUGCCUGGAGCUACCACACGACUUAUUCAGACUGCUGCAGUGGGCCAGCCCUGCUUGUCCUUAACCCCACUUUCUCCCAUCCCUACCAGCCAGCCCCAAACAGUCCACCAGCCCUAGUGCUGGGGUAGUAAGGAGCAGCUGCCUGAAACACAGCCCACCUUCUUCCAAACCCACAGUCAUUGCAGUGCAAAAGGAGUGUGAGACUCUUAGGGUACGGGAGCUGGCCCCUGCCUUUUCACCCACUUAAGCAACAUCAUCAACAAGGAUUUGUCAGUGAGGAAUUGCUCGGUGUCCAACCCCACCACAGUUCACAGAUGUUUCAGUCAUUCCCAAGGGGGAUUCUGUAGGUCCUUUUGGGCCCAGCGCAUGCCCAUCAAGCAACCUUGAGAUAAUCAUGGGCUUCCCUCAUGGAGGGAGAGAAGGUGCCAUCAAGUGGGUGCAAGAGGUCUGGCCUGCAUGAUGUUAUCUUUCUUAUUUUGAAUUGAAAGCACCAACUGUGUGAUUUUAUUCUCCAUUUCUGUGAAUUUGAUUAAUGCAUAUCUGCUCCUGUGAGUAAGUACCUCUCUGGCCUUGAACUGGGUGUCUGAGCCUUUGUGGUCAAGGUUGCCCCCUCUUCUUAUGUGCCUCCUUUGGAUGGUAGCACUUGCUUCCUCUACCACAAUGUGGUGGUUUUGUUUGGAUUCCUGAGAAGCAGAGCCUGAGACAAGGACUAGGCACAAGCAGUUUAUGUGGGAGGUGAUCCCAAGAAGCACUGGAAGAGGAGGCAGCUCAUCCAGGUGCGUUGUCAAGGGCUGCUAGGGAACUUGCCUCUGGCGGUGUCUGGGGCUGUGGGUGUUUGUCUGCUACUCCCUUCAGUCAGUGGUCAUGAAUUGGUCCCAGGGCAAAUUCCCUGGCUCUUUCUGUCCUCAGAAAAAGCUCUCGGUGUAUGGAGCUGGGCCUGCCUGAACAAUGGUCAGGCCCAAAGGGGCAAGGGUGGUGCACCAAACUGUUCGGGAGUCUUUAAACAGCUUUUAGUCGUGGUUUAAAAUAAUUCCGUUGGAAAAAAACCUGACUUUGCAUCUGUUUUCACAAUCCGCCUGUUACCUGUGAGGUGUGGCUUUCUUGCAUGGGCAGAAUGAACUUCUUCCUAAGUGGUCAGGGUGCAGGUGUCAGCCCCAUCUCCUUCCUGCCAAGCAUCAGUUGCCCUUUGGCAUCCAGGGAGGACCCACCCACCCUACUUAGGAGGCAGCACCUGCGUGACAGGUUUUGCCCUUCCAAGUCUGCAGACAAGGCCACCAGCCAUGCUGUGCUUUUCAUCACUACUAUCACCAUUGGGGUGAGGCCACCUCGACAAAUCACUCUCUGAUCGUGAAGAUCUAAACGGACCUCAGGCUGUGUGUGGAGCAAGCCACACUACUGGAAAUGUUCCACAGGUUCCCAGUGGGACACCCCUACCUUGUACUGUGUGCUCUCCUGGGCUGCCCCUCCCCUCAUUACAGGCAGUUGGCCCUGGUGGAACGACCUUGUCACCAAAACAGGCCUGUCUGGCCUCUGUUGAAGGGCCCAAGCUUGGCUUGUCUGAAACCUUUCUGCCUAUAUUUCAAACUCGACUUGAGGAAGGGGGAGAGACCAGCUCCCCUAGAAGCUGAGGGAAGUUGGGGUUAACUGGGCUGGUGGCCUUGGUUCCCAUGAAAUGGAGGAAGCUGAUAUGCAAGGAAUGGCAGAGAUUGAGACCCUGCCUUGGGGCCACUGAGCCCCUGGUUUCUAUUGUUCCAGAUGCCCAGUGACUACCCGGAUUUUUUUUAACCCUGAAGCUUGCCUAGCACCCUUUCUGUAUAUUCACACUUUUGCCCCAGGUUCAGGAAACCUCUGAACCAGGUUUCCAUUACGAUUUCUUAUGUUUAUCUAACCUUCAUUGGGCCUGCCUUGGGCAUGACACUGCUAGGUACUACACAGGGUAUGAGAUGCCCCCAAUGGUCCAGGAGAGACAGAGCUGGACACAGGUGCCUGCAAAGCAGCAUAGGUUGACCAUCACUGAAUUGAUCCAAAGUGCUGUAAACGUCCAAAGGAUUUUCUCCUAUAUUAUCUCCUAAGAGUUUUAUAGUUUUGUGUUUUAUGUUUAGGUUUACGAUCCAUUUUGAGUUAGUGUUUGUGAAGGAUAUAAGUUCCAUGUCUACUUUGAUUUUUUUUGUAUGUGAUGUCCAGUUGUUCCAGGACCAUUUUUAUUGCCUUUUCUCCUUGGUUAAAGAUCAGUUAACUAUAUUUAUGUGGGUCUAUAUCUGGGCCCUCUUUUAUUCCACUGAUCUACUUGCUUAUUAUUUUACCAAUACCACACUGUCUUGAUUACUGUAGUUUUGUAGUAAAUCGUAAAGUCAGGUAUUGUCAGUCUUCAAACUUUGUUCUUCAGUAUUGAGUUGGCUAUUCUGGGUCUUUUGCCUCUCCACAUAAACUUUAGAAUCAGUUUGUCAGUAUCCACUAAUUGCUGGAUUUUGAGUGGGAUUGUGUUUAAUCUCUAGAUCAAGUUGGGAAGAACUGACAUCUUGACAGUAUUGGGUUUUCUUGUCCAUGAACAGGGAAUAUCUCUCCAUUUAUCUAGUUCUUUGCUCUCUUUCAUUAGAGUUUUGUAAUUUUCCUCAUAUAGAUCUUGUACUUAUUUUGUUAGAUUUAUAUCUAAAUAUUUCAUUUUGGGGGUGUUGUACAGAACAUAAGUGACUGCAUCUUUAAAAAAGCCAAUCUGCCAUCUUGAUAUCUGGGUUAACCUGGCUCCUUGAAUGUUUCCACUUCCCCCAGUGAGCUCUGGAAUAUGAACACAGAGCUCUGGGCUGAUCACAGGAUUCUCAUUUAUUUGUUCUCUGGAGUGAGGCCCCCUCUCUGUUUCUCUUAACUUGCUCUGGCACCAGAGCCUCCUGGCAGCUGGUCUCUUUGAUCAUCCACUCAUUUUCACUGCUUUUUGCUAUAAAACACAGAGUCUGGGACGUGGAAGGCAUGGGGAUCCAUUUGUCUUGCUGCUGCCUGAGACUGCUUUCUGUGUGUAAGUUCCAUAUUAAACUCUUUAAACCUA